AUGGCCUUCGUUCUUUCCAGGAUAGUGAACUUGAGUGGAGCCGGGUACAUUGCGGAGCUUCUUGAGAAUGAUUCAGACGACGGUAGUGACGGAUACGAUCUCUCCCAUUGGCUCCAGGGUGCCAGAAUGGCUAGAGCAUACAGUAGUGAAGUGGAGGAUAAUGAAGAGUCAAACGAUGAGGCCGAAAGUGACAUCUCUCGGAACCAAGCAUCGCCGGAAAUCAACAUCGACCCAACCAUCGCCCUUGAAGAUCCGCACCGCUACUAUCUAUGGGAGCCAAAUGAUCCUGACGAAGCGGGAACAAGCAAUUUUCCAGCGAGAUGA